AAUAUGUUUUCAAGUAGGCUGCAUAGACUCUCUCUAUCUCUCUCUGCUCUCUAUCAUUCUCCCGCUUCAGAGGAAUAAGACCUAGAAAAUAGAAGUUUCUCAUUCGCAGAGUCGCAGUUUUACUCGAAGAUGCAUUGCAUUAGGAGCUCAAUCUUGCAACAUGUGAGAGUCUCUGUCAGACCGGUUUUGCUCCUUGAGAAGGAGAAUGCUUUCAAGAGUAUUAUUGGUAAAAUGAAUUUCACAUCAGGAGAUGGAGGGCAAGAUCAAAUCUUGAGUAAGGUUAUUGAACUGGUGAAGAAGUACGACAAAACCAAUGCCUCUAAGGUUACUGAAAGGGCUGAUUUCCAGAAGGAUUUGUCGCUGGACAGUUUAGACAAGGUGGAGCUAGUUAUGGCUAUUGAAGAAGAGUUCUCGAUUGAGAUCCCUGAAGAAAAAGCAGAUAAGCUUACUUGUUGUGGUGAUAUUGCAAGCUACAUAAUCUCUGAAACCCAACCGAAAGCGCCAGAGUCCUGACUUGUCUCAGGCUUUCUUUCUUGUCUUCAUUGUUCAGUUAAUCAAAACUCUAGAGCCAUGCUCUGUGUCUUUAUAUCA